GCCUCUUGCCAGGAAAGCCUGUGAUGUUUCUGUCUUCACAGCAUUACUCUUAUGUUCCCGAGGAAGAACUGAAAGCAGCAGAAAUUGAUGAAGAUACUGUUGAGGAUGAUGGGCUACCUCUGGACAGCCAGGAAACUGAGUACAUGUGCACUGAUGAAACAGAGAUCAAAGAGGCUCAGAGUUACCAGAACUCCCCAGUCAGCACAGCCACAAAUCAGGAUGCUGGUUACGGUUCACCAUUUAGUGAAAACAGUGACCAGCUGGUUCUUUUCAAAAGCACUUCCUCCAAAGACGAGAGGGAAGAUCACCAGUGCUUGGACAAUGCGUCCUAUCCACAGGACAGCUUGGCACAAAUCAAAGCUGUAUAUGCAAAUUUACUGUCAGAGUCUUGCUGGUCCAGUUUGGCUUUGGAUUUAAAAAAAUCAAAGAGUAAUGAAAACAGCCAGAAGGAAAAUACCACUAAUAGCAGCAGCUCUAGUACCAAUACUCCAAGUACCAAUACUCCAAGUACAAGUACCAGUACCAGUACUAGCACCACAACAAGUAUCAGUAGUACUAGUAACAGCAACAGUAACAGCAACAGUGGUGGCUCAGGUUAUGACUGGCAUCAAGCUGCAUUGGCCAAAACUCUGCAGCAGACCUCAUCAUAUGGACUUCUCCCAGAACCUAGUCUGUUUAGCACAGUGCAGCUUUACCGGCAAAACAAUAAACUGUAUGGUUCUGUGUUUACUGGUGCCAGUAAGUUUCGGUGCAAAGACUGUAGUGCAGCAUAUGACACACUGGUGGAAUUAACGGUGCACAUGAAUGAAACUGGACAUUACCGGGAUGACAACCGAGAUAAAGAAGCUGAGAAGACCAAACGGUGGUCAAAACCCAGAAAGCGAUCACUUAUGGAAAUGGAAGGCAAAGAGGAUGCCCAGAAAGUGCUCAAGUGCAUGUACUGUGGGCAUUCAUUCGAAUCUUUGCAAGAUUUGAGUGUCCAUAUGAUAAAAACAAAGCAUUACCAGAAAGUGCCUCUGAAGGAACCAGUACCAGCCAUCACCAAACUGGUGCCUUCUACCAAAAAGCGAGCACUUCAGGACUUAGCUUCACCUUGCUCACCUGAGCCAACAACAAUCCCAUCAGAGACAAUGCUUAGUGAAGCAGCAAAGGAUCAGAAAACUGCCAACCCGUAUGUGACUCCAAACAACCGCUAUGGCUAUCAAAAUGGUGCUAGCUACACCUGGCAGUUUGAAGCCCGCAAAGCCCAGAUACUGAAAUGCAUGGAAUGUGGCAGUUCACAUGACACUUUGCAGCAGCUUACUGCCCACAUGAUGGUCACUGGACAUUUUUUGAAAGUAACUAAUUCCGCCUCUAAAAAGGGAAAGCAGCUCGUUCUGGAUCCUGUGGUAGAGGAGAAGAUACAAUCCAUACCUUUACCACCCACCACCCACACGAGAUUACCAGCUGCAAAUGUUAAAAAGCAGCCAGGUUCUCCUGCUGGAUCUACUACAUCUGAAGAAAAGAAGGACCCAGAGAAGGAAAAAGUGAUUGUUCCUGAAAAUGACAAAAAAAUUAAAGAAGAGAAUGAGGAUUCUGUUGAAAAAUUUGAGCCCACAGCAGUCUACCAGUACCUAAGAGAGGAAGAUUUAGAUGAAAGCCCGAAAGGUGGGAUAGAUAUAUUAAAAUCCCUGGAAAAUACGGUGACAACAGCGAUAAGCAAGGCUCAGAAUGGUGCCCCUUCGUGGGGAGGCUACCCCAGUAUUCAUGCAGCUUACCAGCUUCCAGGGUCUGUCAAGCCCAUUCAGCCAGCUGUGCAGAGUGUUCAGAUGCAGCCAUCAUACGCGAGCAGUGUGAAAUCUUUGUCUUCGGAACACAGUGCACUGAUCCACUCACCAGGGAGCCUGACACCCCCUCCUCACAAAAGCAAUGUCUCCGCAAUGGAAGAGCUAGUGGAGAAGGUCACCGGCAAAAUCAAUAUUAAAAAAGAGGAAAAGCCUGCAGAGAAACAGAAAUGUUCUCCAGUCAAGCCAUUGUCACCUGCUGCUAAGGAGAACAAAGACUUUCCCAACUCAGAGGAAACCAACAAGCUGCCGCCCCCGCAGCAGCAGCCACCGCAACAACAGCCGCCACAAAAAAAGAGUGCUGAAAUGGAAGGUCAAAAGGUCAAAAAGGACAGUCCAGGAGAUUCUCAUGCUCUUAAUGGUACUGAAUUAGCAAAAGCGAAAGUGACAAAUGGCUGUAGUAAUUUGGGUAUCAUAACAGAUCACUCCCCUGAACCAUCAUUCAUUAACCCUCUGAGUGCUUUACAGUCCAUCAUGAAUACACAUUUGGGCAAAGUAUCUAAUCCUGCAAGUCCUUCUUUGGACCCAUUGGCCAUGUUGUAUAAAAUCAGCAACAGCAUGUUGGACAAGCCCAUUUACCCAACAACUCCAGCCAAGCAAGCAGAUGCCAUAGACCGGUACUAUUACGAGAACAGUGAUCAACCUAUCGAUUUAACGAAAUCGAAAAACAAGCCCCUUGUUUCCAGUGUGACUGAUUCUGUCUCCUCUCCUCUGAGAGAAAGUGCCCUAAUGGAUAUUUCUGACAUGGUGAAGAACCUCACAGGGCGCUUGACUCCCAAGUCUUCAACUCCAUCUUCUGUGUCAGAAAAAUCUGAUGCAGAUGGAAGUAGUUUUGAAGAGGCUUUGGAUGAACUGUCCCCAGUACACAAGAGAAAAGGCAGACAAUCCAACUGGAACCCUCAGCAUCUUCUGAUCCUUCAAGCCCAGUUUGCUUCCAGCUUGAGGGAGACUCCUGAAGGCAAGUAUAUAAUGUCGGACCUAGGCCCCCAGGAGCGGGUACAUAUCUCUAAGUUUACUGGUCUUUCCAUGACCACAAUUAGCCACUGGCUGGCCAAUGUGAAGUAUCAAUUAAGGAGGACAGGUGGAACUAAGUUUUUAAAGAAUUUGGAUACAGGUCAUCCUGUUUUCUUUUGCAAUGAUUGUGCCUCUCAGUUCAGGACUGCAUCUACGUACAUAAAUCACCUGGAGACACAUUUAGGGUUCAGUUUGAAGGACCUGUCCAAAUUACCACUAAAUCAGAUUCAGGAACAGCAGAAUGUUUCAAAAGUCCUCUCAAAUAAGACUUUAGGUUCACUUGGAAUUGCUGAGGAGGACUCAGGCUCCACAUUCCAGUGUAAGCUCUGUAACCGAACUUUUGCGAGCAAGCAUGCAGUAAAACUGCACCUUAGUAAAACACAUGGCAAGUCCCCUGAGGACCAUCUGAUCUAUGUGACUGAGUUAGAAAAACAUUAGCGUCCAGGUAAGCAGCCAGGUAUGCAAGUGACCACAGGAACAUUGCACUAAACUUCUUCAUAGUACUGCACUAGGCCUGACCUGAGCCUCUGAAAUCAGUCUUACUUUUGUUGCUGAACUGCCUAUCUGGACCUUGGUUUUUCUUACAUAAAUUUUGUAGUUAUAUUUAUAUGCUCUUUGUCUGAUCUGUGCAUGUUUUUUAAAAUUUGUUUUUUCCCCUUUCCUUUCUUUUUUUUCUGUGAGUCAAAGUCUGACCUUUAUUUUCAACAUCUGUCCUUGAUGUUAACCUAUCUUUUGUAGAAUAUAGUGGGAGACACUAUUGAGAGCCGUUAAUUUAGCCGUAAAGAAAGACACAAAGAACAAUAACAAAAAGACACCCUAAAAUUGCAAAGUUGCCAUGACAAUAAAGGUCACAGAACCCUGUGGUGUCAGUUUUUAACCCUCUGAGGAUCAUAAUAGCAUUUCUGUGCCUUUCCCAAAAGAAGUUAAUGUUAUUUUUUUAAAGGCAUUUCAUCCUAACAGAGCUGGGUCAAAAACAAAACUUACAUUUAAUAAAUUUAAAUGUUAAAAAAGCCUUUUAAAUGCAGUCUGAUUUGUGAAGAAUAAAAGCAUGCAGCUCUUUAAUAAUGAUGAAAAUCUAUCGAGUGCUCAAGGGGUUAGAAAACCGCAACCAUGUUUAAGAACAUAAAAAUAAUAAACCAAGUUGCCACUAUGCUGAAACCCUUUGGAUGCUGAGAAUUGCCUCUUGGUUGGCAAAAACAAAAAAACAAAAAACAAAAAAAGUAUGCAAGUUAUUUAACAAUGUAAAAAUGCUAUUUCUUUUUCCUGUAAAAUACUGCAGUUUAUAGUUAUUUACAAAUGUAAGCUUUGGUACAAGCUGACCUUUCUAUAGUGUGCUGCACUGGUACAUGAAAAUGAAACAAUAAAUAAAUGAGGCAAGUGUUGGAUUAAGUUCCUUGUAAAUUGCCAACAUCAGCUUACUGAAAAAAGUACAUGUUACAUAUCGUACCAUUUUAAACUGUUCAACUUCCUUUAUACCUUCUGGCUGUAUGCUUUCUCUUUUAACUUUUUAUAUUGUCAUUUUAUAUUCAAUUUCUGUGUAUAUAAUGUAAAACCACACUUUUUUGAAUAAAAUUUAGUUCCUGCAGCUUGAGUUAAAUAGAGAAAUUUUACCGGCACCUGCAUCUUCCCAGAUGCAUGUACGCAAAGGAACUAUCUGACAAAAUAAAUAAAUAAAAAUAAAGCAAGCAAUGCACUAUGAA